AAGAUACAUCUAGAGUAAGGGGGUUACUGGCGGACAUGCUCUGCAUUAUCAGCCAGUGGCUGAUCUCUGGACUCUCAGAUUGAGCAACACCACAAGAGACUGGCAGCUUCGAAAUCAGUCAGACACAAAGGCAGGAAAGAGGAAAGACGUGUAUCAAAGAAAGCCAAAGGAAAACCCAAAAAGAAAGAGCGACAGCAGGCUGAGUUGUCACAGUCAGGAGACGAGAAAAAAUAGCUGUUGUACAAUAGAGUUGCACAUUAACUCUGCGGUACAAUGGUUGAGAGAACUUUUUAUUUAUGCAUUUGGGGAGGAGUAUGAAAGAUUUGGAGGACGGGGGAAGAGGAGGAGGGGGUCGGAGUCAGGGAUCCAGCAAGGAGUAAAUGUGGUGACAGCCAGUGCAAGGGGACAAGGACUCAUGUGAGACACAGAGGAGUUAAAAUAUAGGGACAAAGAGAGGGAACAAAGAGGGACUGGCAGACCCCAAACUGGACUUCAGUAUGGGUGUUAAGAGCAAGGCUGCUGCUGCUAUCGUAGUCUUGCUGCUGUCCCUCGGCUCCCUGUGGAUCCAUGGAGGUUUGGAUUACCACUGGGAAUCUUGUUUGAAAGGAUAUAAACAGGUGAACACGCUUCCCCAGCUGUACAACAGCAGCGAGGCCGAUGGGCCUGAGGCCCCGCUGGUCAUGGAGAGGUGCCCUGGUCAGACCUUCCAGGUGGCGCUCCUGUUCUCCCACCUGCUGGCUGCACCGGCCUACACCUCGGACGUGCUGAUGAAGCCAUAUUUGUCCAGCUGGGACGAGCUUGUGAGGUUUAUGGAAGCGCUGGGCCCCAUGGUGGGACUAAUAUCUAGAGAGAUAGAAAGCAAGACUUCUAUAAUCCGUCAACUGGCCCUGUUGUCAGAAAGGAACCCUGAAGCAGAGCUGGGCCCAGAUAUACACUCAAUAAACGGUGUGAGCACAGAGAGUGGGACGAAGAACACUCAGAAGGCCUCACAGCACAAUGGCGCUUACUACUCUGUACGCUCCAUGAUCUGGGUGGAGCUUAACCAAGGACUGGUGGACUUCCACCACCAGACGGACUCUGGAUGCAGGACUCUUCUGCGUCUGCAUCGUGCUCUGCUUUGGCUGAAGCUCUUCCUGGAGAAGCUGGCUGAGACGCCAGCCGCCGGCCGGCUAAGGAGCCCCUCAGAGUUGUGUCGAGAGGCCUACCAGAACACCCUCGCCAACCACCACACCUGGUUUGUCCGCAGGGCCGCCGAGCUGGCCUUCAUUGCCAUGCCAGAGCGAGGUUUCUUCUUCAGGCUGGUGUGUGUGCAGAGCCAGGAGGAGCUGAAAACGGUGCUGAAUAGAGUGGUUCAGGCCAUUGAGGAGGUUUAUGACCGGACACAGAAAGCCCUUGAGGAAAAUAACAUGCUGGACUUGCCUUAGAAAAGGGGCGUGGCCAUAUUUUGCACUGUCCUCAUUGUUUCAUGUGCAUCACAUAUAAACAUCCAGCAAAAAACAACUGGUUUACCCCCCCCCCCCCCCACACACACACACACACACACACAACCAAAGUGCUGCGUCAACAAUCAACUGAUACUAAAAGUCUGUUUGCUUUCGGCCUGUGGACAUUCUUUAAUAGAUUUUAUGACUCGGUUUCUCGCCUCAGAAAGAUUUUAAAGACAGCUGAUGCACUCAGGCUGGCUAAACACAGAAUGUUAAUUAUUUAAGCAGGUGCACACAUCUAAAGCAACCCUUUGCAACACCACUGCAAUCCAUUCAGCAUUUGUUCUCAGCAUGUGUCACAGGGAGGUGAUUUUGUAAUUUUGUAAUGGAUUUCAUCAGAUUGUACAGUUCAUGUUUUGUUUUCAUGUUUUUUUACAUAUACAAUUCUAUUGAAAAUGUGCUAUAUGCUUAUUUUAGUAUGCUACCUCCAAAACAUGCCAUGUAGCCUUUAAAUCUGGGACAAUCUUUCCCUUUCAAGAGGUAUAACACAAAAACAAUCAACAUGUGCUGAACAAAUAGAUAAAUGGUGCUUCAUAGCAUCUGUGUUGUGAGUAUGGGAAAUGAAUGUCUCUUUUAUAUAUUGUACAUUUUUCUAUCAUGUUCAGAAUUAUUAAAUUUAAAAAAGAAAAAAGAA